AUGAACAAUGUUACGAUCACCAUCGAAGAUGAGCAUCCCUCGAGUUUCGCUGUGGCCCUGGUGCACACCCAGCCGAAAACCGCGGCACUGAUUGCGGAUGAGACGCCGGCAUGCGAGGAGGAGGAUGCUUUGCGAAGGGUUCGGAUGCUGUUGAAAGACACUUGGGGCAUCACGAUGGAGGAGUUCGAUCUUGGGCCGAAGCCCGAACCUCCUCCGGAGGAAGAACCAGAAGCGCCUCCGCAGCCCGAUGCUCCAAAGCUGGACGAGGAGGAUGAGGAGGUCACCUGCGUGCUCUCCAACAAGCUGAGGCUUCGCUGUCCGCUUUCCUUCGAGAGAGUGGACAUCCCUGUGAGGGGGGAGACCUGCAUGCAUUUGCAAUGCUUCGGCUUGGGUGCAUACCUGGAAUCGAACAUGAAGAUGAGGGCUUUGAACAACAGGUGGACCUGCCCUGUCUGCAGCAACAUUCUAAAGCCGCACGACCUUGUAGUAGACAAGUACGUGCAGAAGGUCUUGUCUGAGACGCCAGCUCAUGUUGAAGAGGUCAUCAUUGAGAAGGAUGGCUCGUACAGGAUCGUGGAGGAUGAGGAGGAUGCUGCUGGCAAGGAUGCCAGCAAAAACGAGACAGACAAUGCUGAACAAGUGGGCGCAAAUGACGCGCCGAUGGCAGAUGCAGAUCAGCAGGAUGGCAUCAAAAGACAAGGAACCGAUGAUGGGAUUGAGGUGCCUUUGUCCAAGCGCCAGCGAAGGCGGCAGAAGAUUUUGGAAGCACGCGGAGAACUUCCUCAU